AUGUCGUUAUGGGAAGUUAUUGCAAAGCGUGAUCAGAGACUGCUAGAAAGGAAAUCUUUAGAUUAUCAACUGCAUGGAUUUAGAUCUAGGAACAAGUCUGAUAAAAGGAAUAAGAUAGAGCAGCAGAUCUUCGAUCUCGAUAAAGAGAUUCUCAAAGACAAUUCAGAGAUACAGAGAUUAGAGAGAGAAAAUAAAGCAGAUGUAGAAAAGCAGGCCUUAGAUGUCGCGGAAGAAGAAGCAGCAAAAAAGGCAGCAGAAGAGAAGGCAGCAAAAGAAGGAGCAGAGAAGCAGGCCUCAGAUGCCGUGGAAGAAGAAGCAGCAAAAAAGGCCACAGAAGAGAAGGCAGCAAAAGAAGCUGCAGAGAAGGAAAAUACACAGAAGACUGCAGAAUAA